AGCUUCUUCCUUACUAUCCACCAGCUUUGACUUAAUUUCUUUGGUAUAUACGGCUAUUGGCACGAUGAUCAUUUAUAGCCAAAUCCACUUCUCUUGAGAGCAACGAAACUGAUCUGACCAGCUUUCAUAUGAGCAAAGUCACAGGAAGUUAAAUCCUAUCAUUUUUGUACACUGGAAUGGACUGGAUCUCUCUUUUUAGCGAUCAUGUAUAGCGAGAACAAUAAACCAAGAACUCGUGGGAUUCCAAAGUGGCUCAAGAGAAAGAACAAGAGACCUGAACUUUAUCAACCAAAUGAACUUUCAGAUGGGAAUGAUCAAGAUGAAAGUGAUGAUUACUUGGAUGAUAUUCUCGUUCGGUCCAUCGAGAUGGAUCCAUGCACUCCAACCAAUAAUGAGUUGAGAAUCUUCGUGGGUACUUGGAAUGUCGCUGGAAGGUCACCUAUAGGCAGUUUGGCCGUAGAUUUGGACGAGUGGUUGAAUCUCAAAGAUGCGGCCGACAUUUACGUUCUUGGAUUUCAAGAGAUUGUACCUUUAAAGACCCGAACAGUGAUCGGAGCAGAAGACCCAACGGAAGCAACAAAUUGGAACGGGCUCAUAGGGAAAGCUCUCAAUGACAAGUAUGGUUGUCCUUGGUUGACACCCUUGGUAAAUCGAAUCUCAAGUGACAAUUAUCUCUAUGUGCCGGUUCUCGACUCUGAGAGGAGGAAGAGUCUUAGCAGCUAUAGUGCGACUCCAAUGAGAGAACGAUCAAAAACUAUACAUACGACGCCAAACGUUGGGAGCAAGUACAAACUAAUGGCAAGCAAAAAGAUGGUUGGAGUCUUUAUAAGUGUGUGGAUGAGAAAUGAAUUGCUCAGAAAGUAUUGCGUUUCAAAUGUUAAAGUUUGUUCCGUGGCUUGUGGCAUCAUGGGUUAUUUGGGAAACAAAGGUUCGGUUUCGGUUAGCAUGUCGAUUGAAGGGACUAGCUUUUGCUUUAUUGCUGCACAUUUAGCUUCUGGCGAGAAGAAAGGCGAUGAAGGUCGAAGGAACCACCAAGUGUCGGAGAUUUUUAGGAGAACUUCUUUCCCUCGGUCCUUUGGAGAUGACGAUAAUCCUCAUCCUCUUACCAUCUUAGGACACGAUCGGAUAUUCUGGUUCGGGGAUCUCAACUAUAGGCUGUAUUUGGAGGACAGUCUAGCCAGGCAGCUUAUUAAGAAGCAAGACUGGAGAGCAUUGCAAGACUUCGAUCAACUUCGAAGAGAACAAGAAUAUGGCGGAGUAUUUCAGGGUUGGAAAGAGGGGGACAUAGAAUUUGCACCUACCUACAAGUAUUCUCAAUCAAAUUGCAAUCGCUAUUCAGGUGGUCUUCCAAGCAGAACGGGAGAGAAGCAAAGAACUCCAGCAUGGUGUGACAGAAUUCUAUGGUAUGGAAAAGGCGUGAAGCAACUAUCCUAUUUUCGCAGUGAGAGUAAGUUCUCCGAUCAUCGGCCAGUCUCUGCCCUAUUCUCAACACAGAUUGAAGUGGUGAAAUCUAACAGUGCAAGAGUUGUUGGUCUGCAAACCAUUCUUCCUACCAUACUGCCUAAUGAGCAAACAGGAACAAGCAGAGGUGAAGAUAAAGGCAACUCAACAUUGCUUUCAUUAAUGAUAAAGGACCUAGAAGCAUCGCCGAGAUAUAUGCAGCAAUCUUAAUGAGAACGGUUGAGAGUGAAUGCACUUGGGCUUUAGAGAUUGAUUUGCCGCCGCUGGUUUCAAUGCUAUAUGUCAAGAAAAAAAAAUCCAUCUUCUCUUACUGUAAUCAUAUUUUCCCUCCUAUUUGAGGUUUUAUACUAAAGGGCACUGCAAGCCAGAUACUUUAGAUUCAUGGAAACAUGUAACGACCAAAGGAAUUAAUUAAGAUGUACAUUUUCCCUCAAAAAGAGUGUUGCGGUGUGUGUAAUCUCACAAAAGAGAGACUGCAACAGUAACAGAGUUCAGGCAUUGCUAUUCCGUGAAUGUUCUUGAAAGGACCUAAAACAAUCAAUGUAACUUUAAAAAAGCAAGAUCGGCAGAAAACUUACGGUACAUUACAUUCCACCUUGUGCCAAUAAGCCCUCAAAUGCUAUGACCUUAGUAUGAACAAAGUGUGCAAGUUUCUAUUAUUCUACACUUUUGGUAAGAAAAACACUGGAAAGGUAGUCAUUCAAGCAAAAUACUUACAAAAGAUUAAUUCGCCUCACUUGACUAAAGAAUUCCACCCAAGACCUCCACGUUGUCUAAAUGACAAUUGGGACAAAUGCAUCUUCUCUGCAAUUCCUCACCAAGGGCAGUGCACAUCUGUUCUA